AUGCAUUCAUUCAAAACGGUUCUUGCUCUUGGAGCAGUGCUGCCCGCAGCACUUGCCCAGGUCAGCUCAAAGAUCAACCGCAUCCAGAGUGAGCACACCAUCUCAGGCUCAUGGAUUGCCCGUGUCGAGGAGAACGAACUUCUCGACGCCGUUCUCUCUACUGUCCUAGAAGCCGCGGGCAUUGAAUCAAAGGCUACAUACUCCGUCGGAGGCGUCAAAGGUUUCGCUUUCGACGGCGACGACGCCGUCCUGGAUAUCCUCGAGUCCCUCGGCGCUAUCAAGUCCGUCGAGCCUGACACCAAGAUGUGGGCUUCAGUCCCAGUCAGCUACUUGAACCGGGCUGCGGAAGUGGGCCCAUUCGCAAACGGCUCUCUCGUCACGCAGAACGGAUCCACCUGGGGCCUUGGUCGCAUCUCCCACAAGGAAUCUGGAAUCGAAGACUACGUUUACGACAGCUCUGCUGGCGAAGACACCUACAUCUAUGUCAUCGACACCGGAAUCUACACCGAGCACUCCGAAUUCGGCGGCCGUGCCACCCUCGGAAAGAGCUUCAUCGCCGACUCCGACGGCGAAGACGACCAAGGCCACGGCACGCACUGCUCCGGUACAGCAGCCGGCGAAACCUACGGCGUCGCCAAGAAAGCCAACCUCGUCGCUGUCAAGGUCCUCGGCGCAGACGGCUCCGGCAGCAACUCGGGUGUCCUCCAAGGCAUCGAAUGGGCUGUCAACGACGCCACCGAAAAGGGGCACAUCAACCGCACCGUCCUCUCCAUGUCCCUAGGCGGCCCCUUCUCGCAGACCACAAACGACGCCAUCACAUCUGCCGUCGAAGCCGGCGCUUUCGUCGCCGUCGCAGCAGGCAAUGAAGCGGAGGACGCAUCCAACUCUUCCCCUGCCUCCGCCCCUCAAGCGUGCACCGUCGGCGCCGUCAACAAGUCCGAUGCUAAAUCAGACUUCUCCAACUUCGGAGAGGUGCUCGAUGUGUUCGCCCCGGGAGAGGAGAUCACCAGCAGCUGGAUUGGCGGGUCUACCGCGACGAAGACUAUUGAUGGGACGUCCAUGGCGUGCCCGCAUAUUGCUGGGCUUGCUGCUUAUCUUAUUGCGUUGGAGGGGCCAAGGUCGCCGACGGAGCUUUGCGAACGCAUCCAGGAGCUUGCUACUAAGGAUGCGAUUGAGGAUGCGGGCGAGGGGAGCCCGAACCUUAUUGCUUACAAUGGCAAUGGUGCUUAG